AUGGGAAAAUAUAGGGAAAAAAAUAAUACUAUGCAAAAAGCAGUAUCUAAUAAUAUUUUUAAACUUGAUAAAGAUAUUGGUCAGCAUAUUUUAAAGAACCCUUUAGUUAUACAAGGAAUUGUUGAUAAGGCAGAUCUAAAGCCUUCUGAUAUUGUACUUGAAGUAGGGUCUGGAACUGGGAAUCUUACUAUCAGGAUUUUACAAAAGGCAAAAAAGGUUAUAGCCGUUGAAAUGGAUCCACGUAUGAGUAUGGAACUUAUUAAACGUGUACAGACAAUAUCUGAACAAAAACGUUUGGAAAUGAUUCUUGGAGACGUUAUUAAAAUUGAUCUUCCAUAUUUUGAUGUCUGUAUAUCUAAUACUCCAUAUCAAAUUUCUAGUCCUCUUGUUUUUAAACUACUCAGGCAAAAUCCUCCACCUCGAUUAGCUAUACUAAUGUUUCAACGAGAAUUUGCAAUGAGACUUCUUGCUAAACCUGGUGAUUCUUUUUAUUGUCGUUUGAGUGUUAAUGUGCAAAUGUGGGCCAAAGUUACGCACGUAAUGAAAGUGGGAAAAAAUAACUUUAAACCUCCUCCUCAAGUAGAAAGCAAUGUUAUCAAGAUAGAGCCAAAAGUUCCACCUCCGCCAAUUAGUUUUGAGGAAUGGGAUAGGUCUGUAACAUUAUAAGUUAUCCAUAUUAACUAAUAUUUUAAGCCUUCUUCGGAUAUGUUUUAUUCGAAAAAAUAAGACUAUUUCAUCUGGAUUCAAAACAUCUUCUGUACUUAAUAUGUGCGAGAAAAAUUAUAAGAUAUGGUGUUCUCAAAAUAAUAUAACUAUGGAUAAUAUUUCUAUAAAAGAUAAAAUUGAAAAAGUAUUAAAUUCUAUAAAUUUUACUAAUAAACGAGCUCGAAAAUGUAACGAAAGUGAUUUUUUAAAAUUAUUGUAUGCAUUUAACAAAGAAGGAAUUCAUUUUGCUUAAUUAUUUAUAUUAAUAAUUAAUAUGUUUUUUUAUUUUCUAUAAUGAGGAUAAAAUGGUAUUUUAUAAAAUUAUCUAUAUAUAUAUAUAUAUGGAUAAUAAAUUUA